CUCAAAGCUAUUCAUCAUCCUGUAGAGCUCUCUCUCUCUCAUUCAUUUACAGAACCAGUGAUCUUUGUGUUUGUGAUAUUUCUCAUCUAAGAAACCAACAAAAAUGUUGGCAGUGUUCGACAAAUCGGUGGCCAAGAGUCCAGAGGCUCUACAGAGUCCACACUCGGACUCAUCAGUGUGUGCACUGAAAGAUGGGUUCUUGGCUCAACACUUCUCGUCUGUACACCCUGGUUCGGUCACCAUCAACCUUGGCUCUGCUGGUUUCAUCGCUUACUCCAUGGACAAACAGAACCCUCUCUUGUCAAGGUUGUUUGCCGUUGUGGACGACAUAUUUUGCUUGUUUCAAGGCCACAUCGAGAAUGUUGCUCAUCUCAAGCAGCAAUACGGGUUAAACAAGACAGCAAAUGAAGUGAUCAUCGUUAUAGAAGCAUACAGAACUUUGAGGGAUAGAGGUCCUUAUCCUGCAGAUCAGGUUGUAAGAGGUCUCCACGGGAAAUUUGCAUUUAUUCUCUUUGACAGCUCUUCAAAAACAGCUUUUCUAGCUGCCGAUGCUGAUGCGAGUGUACCCUUUUUCUGGGGAGCUGAUUCAGAAGGUCAUCUUGUUCUGUCAGAUGACGCAGAGGUUGUGAAGCGGGGCUGUGGGAAGUCUUUUGCACCAUUUCCCAAAGGAUGUUUUUUUACAACCUCUGGAGGCUUGAGGAGUUUUGAGCACCCGCUUAAUGAGGUGAAGCCAGUGCCUAGGGUGGACAGUUCAGGCGAGGUUUGUGGUGCAACCUUUAAGGUGGAUGAGGAGUCUCGGAAAGGAGGAACUGGCAUGCCGAGGGUUGGGAGUGCUGCGAAUUGGUCACAACACUACUGAUCUCAUACCCAUUUCCAUUAUGGCUAGGCUUUUGUUAGUAAUUAGCCUUCCAUUCAUCUCUUUUUAACAACCUUGUUUCAUGUUCUCAUCUUGAUGAUUGCUGCUUUGUGAACUACGAGCUUAUAUUUGUAGGAAGUGAUUUCCAAAGUGAACCAAGACAUUUGAUGCAGCUAUAUUAUUGCUUACUGUUUCAUUUGAAUCUGGUACAUCAGAAUGAAGCCUUUAUCACGGCUCUCAGGAAUAUAUACACCUGAUUACUAUUACUUUGAUAAACAUAUUCUUGUUUGGAAACUUCGUGUUUGAUGUAUUGACCUCCCAAUAAUUUUAAAUGGCGGUAUGACUUAUGUGUCAUGGCCUGCUACUCUGUAUGGAGGGAAGUUAUGCUUUGGAAAGGGAAUGAAUUUAUGAGCUCAGCAAUGCUGUUUCUUUUGGGCACACUGCUCUGAGGUGCUUCUUUCAUCUGUCAGUUAUCAUAUCAACAUACUCUGUUGAGUUCUGAG